AUGUACGACGAUCGAGGCUUUAUAGGCGACCCGGAAGAGAAUGCAAACGUCGGAAGUGUGAAUAUCAGCAUCGGAAGUGUGAAUAUCAGCAUCGGAAGUGCUAAUAUCAGCGUCGGAAGUGUGAACAUCAGCGUCAGAAGUGUGACCAUCAGCGUCGGAGAUGGAUCGGUCUUGAAGAGUCCGCUGACCACAGUCUUCCUCCCCAUCGUCUACAUCAUCGUAUUUGUCGUGGGUCUGCCUGCCAACGCUCUGGCCCUCUGGGUGUUUCUAUUCCGGACAAAGAAGAAGAACCCGUCCUCCAUCUUCAUGGCCAACCUGGCGCUGUGUGACCUGCUCUUUGUCAUCUGGAUCCCUCUGAAGAUCGCCUACCACUUCAACGGCAAUAACUGGAUCUAUGGCGAGGGUCUGUGCAAGGUCCUGGUGGGGUUCUUCUACGCCAACAUGUACUGCUCCACCGCCUUCAUUGCCUGCAUCAGCAUUCAGCGCUACUGGGGUGUCAUCCAGCCAUUGUCCCGGCAACGAAAGGACAACACUGUGAGCGUGGCCGUCUCCGUGUUGAUCUGGCUGGCGGUCUGGGUCCUAACCACGCCCCUCUUCCUGUACGACCAGACGGUGAGGGUCAGCAACAUGGACAUUGUCACGUGCCAUGACGUCACCCUUCGUAACCAGAGGGAGUUGGCGGCCGGCUACUUCCUGACCAUGGGCAUCCUGGGAUUCAUAGUUCCGGCGGCGGUGUGCGUGGUGGCCUACGUGCUGAUGCUCAAGGCCCUGUGGAGCUCCAUGACGGACGAGGCCAUCGCCAAGAAACGACGCAAGGCGGUGGCGCUGAUCAUCACCGUGUUGGUCAUGUUCCUGGUGUGCUUCAGUCCCAGUAACAUCAUGCUGCUGGUGCACUACGGCCUCCUGCUGGCCCAGAGGACCAACAACGGCUACGGCUUCUACAUCAUCACCCUGUGCCUGGCCAGCCUCAACAGCUGCAUCGACCCCUUCGUCUACUACUUUAUCUCGGAGGACUUCCGCAAACACAUACGGAACACGCUCAUCUGCCGCAGCCAGCGCAAGGCAGAGCGCAUGCGCGUGUCCUUCAAUGCACUCAAGAACUCCAAGAAGUCCAAGAAGAGUACGUACAGCUCUGACAGCUCUGGGAAGACCAAGAGCAGCAGCUGCUGACCGU